AUGGAUGGGGACCAUUUCGUGUGCAGCGCGUGUUGGGGGAGAAGCAACGGCGCCCUCGUGUUGAGCAAGACGGGGUUGGUUUGGCGAUCCCGCCAGACGGAGGCGCAAAAGAAGGUGGCGAAGGACGACAUCGCAGACAUGCGGUGGUGUGCGGUGGGGGCGCGGCACUGCCACGUCAAAGUGACGACCAAGGCCGGCAAGGCGGUCGUGCGCUUCACCGAGUUGAAGGUAGCGGACGUCAAAGCCAUUUGCAAGUACGUGGAGGACGUGUGGGGCCACAUCGUCGACGAAGAAACGCUGGCGUGCAGCGGGCACAACUGGGGGCAACUGGCGGUCCAGGGGGACACACUCAACUUUGUCGCACACAAUCAACGGGGCGGCGGCGGCGGCGUGGGGGUGGUGGUGGAGCUUCCGCUGGGCUUGAUCGCACAAUGCGCACUGCCGUCAAAAACCGAGCUCGAGUUCCAAUUCCACGACGACAACACGGUCGCGGGCGACGAGGAAGCGCUGGUCGACAUGCGUGUAUACGUACCCGCCGCCGCCACCGGGGGCGUGACGACGCUGGCCGAACGGCUCAAGAACGAGAUCGUCGACCGCGCCAACAUCCGCCACGUCACGGGCAACGCGAUCGUCGAGCUGGACGACGCCAAAGGCACAUUUGUGACCCCCCGCGGCCGGUACGCCAUCGACUUGUUUGCGUCGUUCAUGCGCCUGCAUGGCAAAACGUAUGACUACAAGAUUUUAUACGCCAACAUCAGCCGGUGCUUUCUCCUGCAACUUCCCAGCUCGACCAACAUGGCGUUUGUGAUUUCGCUCGACGAACCGAUCCGCCAAGGCAAGCAGAGGUACCCCCACCUGGUGCUGCAGCUCGCGAGCACCCCCGAGGUCCACGUAGAUGUGAAGUUGCCGCCGCAAGACCUGGACGCGUUCAACGGGAGUCUGCACCAGCGCAUGACGGGGGCCCUGCCGCAACUGGUUGCGACGCUGUUCAAGCACGUUGUGGGCAAAAAGGUGUUUACGAGCGGCUCGUUUUUAACGCACACGCGGACCCGCGCCGUGAAAUGCGCGCUCAAAGCCAACUCGGGGCUGCUCUUCCCCCUCGAGAAGUCGUUAUUGUUUAUCCAUAAACCCCCCACGUACAUUCGAUACAGCGACGUUGAGACCGUUGAGUUUCAGCGCUACACGGGGCAAUCAGGGUCGAGCCUCUCGCGCAACUUUGACCUGGUCGUGACCACGCGGCCCGUGGGCGACGACGACGAGCCCCAUGACAUCAUGUUCAGCGCCAUCGACCGCCGCGAGUUCCCGGAACUGUCGCAAUUCCUCACGGCCAAGAAACUGCGCAUUUUGUGUACGCAUCAACAGGUCCAGUCCAAGGAACCCCUCGGUCGAACGCGGUACUCGGACGAAGAAGAAUCCGUGGACGACGACGAAGAUUCGGAUUUUUUCGACGCGAGAGUCAACUUGGAUGACGAUGAUGGCAAACAUGGAAAAGCCAAAGUCAAGCCCCAUGGGAGGGACGUCUUCAAGUACUAACCAAGCGCAACGACGACAAAACGAACGAACGACAUGUCAGGCUACGAACGGACGACCGAUCAAGGCCAAGAUGUGUUUGAAUGGCCCAAGCUUGUAGUACGUAGCACUUUUAUUUGUUUUCCACCAUGUAAUUGAGUAUACAUGUACUGUACCCG